AACAUGGCUGCGCCCUGUUUCCAACCUGAGGACCACCUUACCCAAAUGUGUUAGUGGAGUAAUUCAAAUCGUAAACGCGCAUCUAACUAUCUGGACAUUGUCGGUUUCAUUGGAUCAUUCAUUCUCAAGAUGUCGGAAAACACCCAGAAGGAACACGCCUCUGGAAACGGGCUCUCCAGAGCUGUGAUUGCUGAAAUGCUGGCGAAGAAUUUCGAGAAACUACCUGACCUCGAUCAGAAACUCUUCAAGUAUGGACCCAUGUAUCUGGGGGGCAACGGAGGCCUUGCAGGACUGAUAUCCAACAGCUUGUAUCGCAGAGCUCUGAACGUCAAACAGGCGCCCAUCGCCUCCAGCCUGCCGAUGGCCGUGCUGCCCUUCCUCACGACAGCCGCCCUGUAUAACGCUGUGGUGUCCGCUCCCCUCAUGUCGGGUGACCUCAACUGUCCCACCUGCGCCCUGAUCCGAGGUGCACUCGUCGGUGUAGUCGGUGGUGGGGUGUACCCCAUCCUCCUGGCCUUACCCGUGAAUGUUGGGCUUGCAUCCAGGUACAACACGGCACCGUUGCCAGAGAAGGGCAAUCUGCUCCGGUACUGGAUGGACCUCUCCAGACCCAUACUGAGGAAGAUGAGGGCGGUACUGGUGCUUCAGAUUUUCUUCGGCACCUACCUGAGCUCCAAGCACUUUGACUCUUACACCAAACUGGCGCAGAUAACAUUUGGCGCAGGUGGAGAGGACCUCAAGGACUAAAAUGUACUCAGCCUUAAAAUAAACACGUUUUCAUUGA